CUCCAUCAUGGUGGUCGGUGGGAGCCGUGUAUGGAACGGGCUAGUUUUAGCCUCUUUCCUGAUUUUCUUUCAUUAUGGAGAAACCUCGAGUCCACAAUUCAUGGUGACGUUUCCAGCAGUGAUAGAGUCUGGCUCCGAUGCUAAACUCUGUGUGAGUCUACUGAAGCCUAACGAGACUCUACUAAUGAACAUCUAUCUGGUUCACGGCCCCCAGAACACGACACUCUUCCAAGAGAUGGUGGAAAAAGAGUUCCACCGCUGCACCCAGUUUAAGGCUCCACAAGUUAACGGUGAAUCGGUGCAGGAGAUACAAGUGAGCAUUAAGGGUCAAGAUUUCGAAAUGAUGGACAAAAGGAAAGUCAUGUUUAAAUCCUAUGACGUCUUGACAUUUAUUCAAACGGAUAAACCGAUCUACAAUCCCGGCCAGACAGUGAAUUUCAGAGUUGUCACAAUGGAUGUUAAUUUUAUUCCUGUGGAACAAGAGUACAACACACUGAUUAUCGAGGAUAUGAAUGGCAACAGGAUCGGUCAGUGGACGAAUGUAUCUUCAGCAGACAUGAUACUGCAGCUUUCUCAUAAGCUGAAUGCUGAAGCUCUACAAGGACAUUAUCAAAUUAAGGCUAACAGAAAUAAUAAAGUAAUCACACACUCUUUUAUAGUAAAGAAGUACGUUUUACCCAAGUUUGAGGUUACAGUCAAAGCCCCAAAUGAACAGAGUGUUGGCAAUGAGGAACUGAAGCUAGAGGUUUGUGGGAAAUACACAUUUGGACAACCUGUACCUGGUAAUGCGUUGGUUCAAGUGUGUCGGAGAUUUAUGCAACAUGGAUAUACGAUUGAACCUGCAUUAAUUUCACCCUGUGUGAUUGAAAUAAUUAAGCUGGGUGAAAAUGGCUGUGUCCCUGUUCAAUUCAACAUGACAAUGUUUAUUAAUUCUGAACAUGAACAACGUUUGGAAGAUUUCAUCAAGGUUAAUGCUACAGUGUCUGAGGAAGGAACAGAUACUGCUCUAUCAAAAGAUGCAAGCAUUAGAAUCUCCUACGAACUUGGCAAGAUCGAAUUUGUCAGUCUACCAAAAACCUUUGAAAAGGAGUCCGUCAUAGAGGGAAAGAUCAAGAUUACAAGCUUUGACGGAACACCGAUCCCUGACAAGAAAGUGUAUAUUUUAGAAGGAUUAUGGUGGGCUGCAAAGCUAAUUCGUAAUCUUACUACGGACAGUAAUGGAUUCGCCAGCUUCUCAAUUAAUGCGACUGAUACACCUCAAACACAGAUUACAUUGCAGGCAAGUGUUGAUCCAGAGCAAAAAUAUGCAGCUUACAGAGUACCGCACUUUUCAAAAGCUGAAGGGAUUGUAAGCCUGUUGGAAGCUGCCACUUCUUACAGUCCAGUGUACAGUACGCUGACAAUCGAGAGCUCCGAGCAACCAUUGCCAUGUGGCGCUAAAGUUCCAAUAACCGUUAAGUACUAUAUUACUGGAGAGACCACUAAUAACUAUCACAUUGAUCUUAUUUACAUGGUCUUAUCUAAAGGAGCCAUAGUCCAUCAUGGAUAUGAAAAAGUUGAAGUGAAAAAUUCCAGCAACACCAAGGAAGGAAAAAUCUCAUUUACACUGUCUGUUGAUCCUGAGCUGGCUCCUGUGGUGCAGGUCAUCGCGUACGUGGUACUGCCCAGCGAGAACGUCAUUGCCGCCAACAACUUAUUUAACGUAGAAAAAUGUUUCAGAAACAAGGUUUCCUUAGAGUUUAAUCCAUCCAAGGCGGUUCCCGGUGAGGAGAAUACUCUCAAGCUCUCAGCUCAUCCUGGUUCACUGUGUGGCCUCAGUGCUGUAGACCAGAGUGUGUUCAUCUUGGAGCCUGGAAAAAAACUAAACACUGAUCAGAUUUUUAAUUUGUUGCCGGUCACUUCAGUAUCAUUUUAUCCCUACGGGCUUGAAGAUGAACCGGAGUGCUUGCAAGUUAGACCUCGACGAAACAUAGGGAUGGACCUCGCUUUUGAAUCAUUAAAGGGAGUGGGGCUGAAGAUGGCAACUAAUUUGGCUAUCAGACAACCUAACUGUCUGCUCUACAAAGGGAUUCGAUAUCAUCGCGGCCAAUAUUAUGAAAUGGACAGUUUAGGACGCAACAGGGCUGAAGUCCUUUUCAGUAGUGGUGUCGGUGCUAGUGGUUUUAUUGAACCCAUCCAGACUGUUCGCAAAUUCUUCCCAGAAACUUGGAUAUGGGACCUUGUUAAAGUGGGGGACUCUGGAUCUGCACAGGUUCCAGUCACCGUCCCAGACACCAUCACCACUUGGGAGACAGAAGCUUUCUGCCUCAGUCCUACAGGUCUGGGUCUGGCUCCUACUGCUCAGCUCACUGUCUUCCAGCCCUUCUUCCUGGAGCUCUCGCUGCCCUAUUCCAUCAUCAGAGGAGAGAACUUUGAGCUGAAAGCCACUGUUUUCAAUUAUCUCCCCAAAUGCAUUAUGGUUAAAGUGACCCCUGCUCCUUCUUCAGACUACACACUCAAAGCCUCCUCUGAACAGUAUUCAUCAUGUUUGUGUGCAAACGGUAGAAAGACCUUUAAAUGGACCUUAAUUCCAUCUGCGCUUGGAGUGUUGAACGUCACAGUCAGUGCAGAGGCAGAACAGUCCCAGACUGUUUGUGAUAAUGAGAUUGUGAGUGUUCCAGAAAGAGGUCGCAUUGAUAUAGUCACUCGAAGCUUGAUUGUCCAGGCUGAAGGAACUGAAAAGACCAAAAGCCAAAGCUGGCUGCUAUGUCCACAAGGUAACAGUGUCUCAGAGGAGCUGGAGCUAACUGUUCCUCAGGAUGUAAUAGAGGGAUCAGCUCGAGCUUCUGUAUCAGUGCUGGGAGACAUACUGGGCCGUGCAUUAAAAAAUAUUGAUGGACUGCUAAGGAUGCCGUAUGGAUGUGGAGAACAAAACAUUGCUGUCCUUUCCCCCAACAUCUACAUUCUUCAAUAUCUAGAGAACACUAACCAGCUUACCACAACUAUCCGUGACAAGGCUACAGACUUCCUGAAAAAUGGAUACCAGAGGCAACUGAACUACAGGCAUAUUUAUGGUGCCUUCAGCACGUUUGGCAGUGGAGAAGGGAACACAUGGUUAACAGCGUUUGUUAUGAGGACCUUUGGAAAAGCACAACGUUACGUCUUUAUUGAUCCAGAAGUCAUUAACAGUGCAAAUCGAUGGCUGAUAACACUGCAGAGACCUGAUGGCUGUUUUGUAAGACAAGGGAGACUGUUCAAUAACAGAAUGAAGGGUGGUGUAAAUGAUGAUGUCACCAUGACUGCCUACAUCACUGCAUCAUUGCUUGAACUCGGCCAUAAAGUUGAGGAUCCUAUUGUAAAUAAAGGGUUGCUGUGCCUCAAGUCCUCACUUGGUAACCUGACGAAUACCUACACCACUGCUCUUUUAGCCUACACUUUCACUCUGGCUGGAAACAAUGAAAUUCGAGGGCAGCUUCUCAAACACUUGGAUGGUGUCGCCAUAACAGGAGACGGUCGACUUCACUGGUCUCAGUCAGCAUUCGAUGACUCUAAUGCCUUGUCAGUGGAGAUCAGCUCCUACGUACUGCUAGCUGUUCUCAGUACAGAACAACUCGCUUCUGCGGACUUGGGUUACGCUAACAGGAUCGUCGGCUGGCUAGUCAGGCAGCAAAAUCCAUACGGUGGCUUUUCUUCCACUCAGGAUACAGUGGUGGCCCUCCAGGCUUUGGCUUUGUACGCCACCAAAGUCUUCAGCCCAGAUGGUUCUAGCACGGUAACAGUACAGUCAGCAGGUGGGGACAGUUAUCAUUUCGAUGUGAACCAGAACAACAAGUUACUGUACCAGGAAAGAUCAUUGCAGAUUGCGUCUUCCAAAUACACCAUUGAAGUGAAGGGCUCCACAUGUGUGUCAGUGCAGAUGUCACUGUUCUACAAUAUUCCUACACCUAUUGAAGUCAAUACGCUGAGCAUCAAGGCUGUGGCAUUGGGAAACUGCACUAAAUCAUUUGGGCAGUCUCUGUUCCUCAACUUCAACGUCACAUAUAAUGGGACACAGACAUCAGGCACUAAUAUGGCCAUAGUGGACAUAAAACUUUUAUCAGGGUUCACAGCGGACUCAAGUGAGCUACGAAAUCAACUUUUUGUGGAACGUGUUGAUCCCAAAGAUGACCACAUUAUCAUGUAUAUCAAAGAGGUUCCAAAGAAUGUGCCACUCAUGUAUGGGCUGCAUAUCAAACAAGUGCUUCCCAUCAAAAAUCUAAAACCAGCCGUGAUUAAAGUUUAUGAUUACUACCAAACGAGUGAUCAUUCCGAGACCGAGUACACCUCACCAUGUGCGUAAGCUUUCAGAUCCCCUUUAAAGUCGUCUUGUCCACUCUAUGCUGAUUUUUUUUUUUUCCAAAUAAGGCAUUUGUUGUUUCGCUGCUGGUGAAAUAAAUAUCACUUAUAAAUAUCA